AUGCAACCAAAGACUUUCCAUUUCACUCUUGUGAUCAUUUUCUUGAUCUCACCUCAUUCUCUGUGCUUCAACACCGGUGACGAAAACGGCGGAACGGAGAUGACGACCUCGCCGGAAACAUCUUCUUCCGCCGGUGGAGGAAGUGGUGCAGCUCAUGGACCUAACUGGGAUUACAACUGGGGUUGGGGUUCUAGCCCAGGAGGAGGAGGGGGUUUUGGCUCAGGCUCGGGCAGGUCGCCUGAUGGGCUCGGUCGGGGCUGGGGGUUUGGUUUUGGGUCCGGGAGUGGAUCGGCGGGUACUGGCUUUGGCUAUGGCUAUGGUACUGGUGGUGGUGGUGGUAGUGCUGGCGGAGAAAAUGGUGGUUCUGGUGGCUACAAUAGUGGUCGUGCGCCAUCGAUUAAUCCAGGGGAGAGAUAUCAUCAUGGGUAA